AUGUCGGAGCUCAGCUGCCAUAAGGCGAUCAGGUAUCAGCGACAGCCGCAGGCCGCGCCGGCCGAGGAGUGUGCACCUCCCACUGCUGCCCAAGACACCGACGACCAAGCUACGCAUCCAGCAGCCCAGCUUAAGACUCGGAAUAUCCCACCAAAUGGGUCGGAAACAGCCCUUCCUGCCAAGGACUUAGCCUCCUACCUGGCUGCAGAUUCCAGGAGCAUCAAGCUGGAGACGGAUGCACCUGGACCGCCGCCCGCACCGUAUCCCCAGGAAGCGCCGCCACCACCAAGUGCACCUCACGCUGUGGAACCCCGCGCCAGUAGCCGCGAUUUGCCCGCCAACGCAUUCAUGGACACCGAAGCACUUGUCACGGCCAACGGUGAUGCCGCGGCCGCCGGUGCAACCGCAGCAGCUGGCAACUCGUCAGAUGCCGCCGCCUCGGGCGCGGGGCCUUCCCACACUGGCUCUGGCAUCCCAAGUGCUACCCCCGGGCCCUGUCCGGUUGUCUUCAUGGCCACCUGGGGACGGUCCACCUUGAAGCUUCCCGUGCGCUCCGUCCAGGUAUUGUUUGGUGCGGACAUGCUGGCGACGGCACGGAGACGGCUCGUGGGCGUGGUUGUGUACGGCCGUACCACGACCAAAACAGACGUCGUCACGACAAACUCCGCCGACGUCGUCGCCGGCGACGGGCAGCAGCCGCGUGUGCUGGAAUGCCGCGACGCACAGCUGCGAGUGCUUCACGCGAAUUGCCGGAUUACACGCCUGACGCCCCUGAUGCGGGACCUAGGUGUAACGGACGGCACACGAUUACGGGUGGUGCGAGAUGCGGUGCGCGGCGGGAUUCUGGUGGAGCCGAUUCCGUUGCAGCAGGAGGCCAACCUGCCUCGGGAGCAGACCAUCCGGACGCAGGGGACGCAUGGGCCACAGUCGACUGCGCGGAUGGACAACGGCCCAGAGCCACAGCCAGAGUUACAUCCGCGACUGCGGUCCCGUCAGCCGCAGCCGCAAGGCGUGGUGUCUAGCGUUCUACCCCAGCAACAGCAACAGCAACAGAAUGAGCAGAAGGAACAGCAGCAGCAGCAACAGGUGGAAUGUGCACGGCAGCUGAUGCGGCUGCCGGAGGUUAAGGUGGAAGCGCCCGUGCAGGUCCCGGCCCAGAGCGCUCAACCCCCACAGCAGCCGGUGGUACAUGUGUGGUUGAGGUCGUGCCAGUCCCAUUGGCGGUCGACGCAGCUGGAGCCGCCGUCCCUGCAACCCCGGCCGGCGGUUGCGCCGGCGCUGCCGCCGUACGUUGUCGCGGUGAAGCACGAGGAGGAUGACGGCGCGCACCUGCCCACGGGUGCGGCCUUGGGACCCGCAGCACAGAUGGAGGAGGUGCAGGUGUCAUCGGGCGGCGAGAACGGGAACGGGGCGUCGCCGCUGAAGGAUGGCGACCCGGCGGUGGCUGAGGACGAUGUUGCAGGACGAGGCUGCGGACGUGAUAUUCACGGGGGGAGCCAGGAGGCGCUGCUGCUUUCAGCGCAGGUGCCGCAGCAGCCGCAGCAGCUACAACAGCAGGUCAAGGCGGCGGCAAUGCGGGAUCAACCGGAGGGAAUUUCACAUGGGCUGGAAGGUGCAAUGCAAAACGCGGAGGAGGAAAUGGCGGCGGCGGCCCAGGGGCUAGCGCAAGCUGGCGCGGCGGCUACGUGCGUCCAAUCGAUUGGAGGGGAGGGUGACAGAUCGCUUGGGCCUGGACAGCAUCAGGUGGAGGAGGAGGGCCGGGAGAUUGAGAGAGUGGACGGCGGAGUACUCGUGGAGGGGACUCUCCAAAACCCAGCAGACUGCCAACCGAAGCCGCUGCCGGCUGCACCUGCCGCCGCCUCCCGUCGUCUGCCCUCCCUCUGUGGUCCUGUGGCGCUACGGAGUGGCGCCGGGAUCGCCCUCACACUACCUUUGGCGUGCAGCAGCGGUGCCAAAGCCAAUGGCGCGGCCAAUGGGGCUGGCGUACACCCGGCAAGUCGGCAGCAGCAGCGGCUUCGGUUGGCAGUGCUCAACGGCCCGGGCGUGUCCGCGCCCACGGCCGCCGCUGCAGGGGUCGACUAUGGCGGCGGCGGCAGCAGCGAGCCACCAAGCUCCCGUCGAUGCCUGGCAAAAUGGAUGCUGGUGCAGGGCGUGCUGCCACUGCGCGUCGGACAUUUGGCGACCUGGCAGACGAUGCUGGGGUGCCUCGUGACGACUGACGGCGCCGUGCGCGCGGUGGCACUGCGAGGGUCUGCAUGCUGUGCUGGUGCUGGUGCUGCUGGUGCUGGUGCUGCCGACGGAGCGGAGGCCGUCGGCAGCGGAGGCGGCGAGGAGUACGUGGGCAUGGGAUGGCUGCGGCGUCAGCCCAGUCUCCGAAGCUCUGCUUCUACCUCGUCAUGUCCGUCCUCCUCGUCGUCAUGGACGGUUGGCGGACUACAGGCGUGGAUGCGGUACGUUGGAGCCCGGCCAAGCGACUUGGUUGAAGUGCGGGCCUACUGGCUAGGGGCCACGGGCCUGGGCUUCGACCUCCGACUGAGCCGCAGGACGACCGCGGAGGAGGGCCAGCCCCGGGAAGCCAUGGCGACGCGGGCGCGACGCGCCGUGUCCGCUACCGUCCCUGUCGCGGCUGCCGGUGAAGUACCGCAGGCCGCCGUUUCGGCGAUGAGGAAGCGCCGGCGCGUGAUGUCCCCGGCCCCAGGGGACAACGAAGGCGCCGACGGCGAAGUUGACCACCAGGAUGACUGCGACUGCCGUUCUGAGGGCGGUGAGGGGCGGCAGCAGGGCGAAGGAGGAGCCGUCCUCGAGGCUGCGGCUACUGCGGAGGAAGCCGCCAUGGACGCUGAUGCGGAGGUUGACGCCACCGCUGCAAUAGACAUCGGCGCGCCAACUCCUGGCGGCGCGAACGCUGCGCCGCCAGAGGCUGGCGCACGUGUGGACUACGGCGAUACGGAGGAGGCUGCGAUGGCGCCAGCACCGGAUGUCCGUCCGCCGUCAAAGCGUCCGUGCACUGAGACGGCGACCGCAGGGGGUGCGUUCCAUGCAGCAUCAUGCCCUCCGCUGCCGGCAGCGGCGGCGGCCGAGGCUGUUGGGGCCAACAACAACGCCGGGUGUGACAGGUCUGAUCCUGGUGUCGACGCUAUAAGACCAAUGGACGCUGUGGCUGGCGGCGGCGCUGUCGAGAGCAUGGAUAUUGCCGCCGCCGGCACCGCAGGAGACUUGAACGGCGGGCGCAGCGUCGAUGAAGACGGCGGCGGCAGCAGCGACCCGGCUGUAGCGACGGGCGAUGCUACGUCAGCCGGUAGUGGCGGGAGGACUCCGCCGGUAGCUGAGGAGGCCGCCUUGCACAAACACUACAGUGACGAUGAUGUCGUGCAGAACGGCCUUGGGCUACCGCCGCUGCGGCCGGGGGAGCUGAGACUGUGCGGUCUCACCUUCCACCCUGAUCUGGUGCCCUCCGUACUCCGCCUCAUGAGCGAGUGGCAAGCGGCUCUCAGUGACAGCCUGGUCAACGCUGACCCAGUGGCCGUACAGAUCCAGCUGCCGUUCGCCUUCACCGACUAUACGACGACUGCCGCUUCUGCCACGGCCGCCGCAUUCAAGGAGCACAGGCUCAGCGCCAACGUAAUCUGCUCGCUGGUGGCGCGUCUCCUGGGACUGAUGGCGGAGGAUAGCGAGUGGGACGCGCCGCUGCCGGCGGAGGGACUGGAGCUGGCGGCCGGCGUUGCGCCGUUGGUGUAUUCGGCGUCGGAGGUGCCUGAUGGGUCGAAGCCGGGACGCUGCGGAGGCGGUGGGGGCGCGGCGGGGCUGGUAGCGACGGCGCCGCUGCGGCGCAACGCGGUGCUAGGGGUGGUUGGCGGCUACGUCAUGCCAGCUGGCGCGGCGGCGCGCUUCGCAUCGCGGGGCUUCCGUGAUUGCUCCGGCGAGUUGGUUUCGGAGCUGCGGCAGCGAGCGGCGCCGGCGGACCUGGCGGUGGCGUGGCGGUUUGUGGCGGAUGCAUUCCGGAUGCCGUACCCUGGACUGGAUCUCACGCCGGAGGGCGCGGCCGGGCCUGUGCCGUUGGAGAUCAGCAUGCUGGGGUACGGCAACAUGGCGGCGCUCAUCAACGACCCACGGGUCCGACCGCAGGCGUGGCUGCAGGACAACGACGUCGACUGCCCACCGCCUGCGAACUGCGUGACAGACGGACGGACGGACGGACUGAACGGCGUGGUACCGGUGCUGCCCGUUUGCGUUCGCGGCCUCACGUUGCCUGUGCUCGUAGCGCUUCGUGACAUCGCUCCAGGGGAGCCGCUACUCCGCGACUACGGCGCCGCUUGGUGGCGGGAGCUGGGCCGCACUUGGGAGGUGCUGGACUUUGACGGCGUAACACCCGAGCAGUUGCUGCUCUUACCCACACACCCGCCUUCGCCUCAGCAGGAGAUGCCGCCACAACAGCAGCAGCAGCAUCUGCAGCGGCAGCGGCACAUUCAGACGCAGGGCAUUGGCGAGCACGUGGAUCCGCCAUCACAGCCAUCUGCGCCCAUGGAAACCGAAGCGGAAGCUGGCCCGUCGCUGCCGCUGCACCAGCUGCUAGUCAGUGCCGCUGAGACGAAGAACACAUUUGCGCCCCAAGGCGCCACUGUCCAGCUCGUUGGCGCCGCCGGAACGUCGUCCAACGUCGUUCAACAACAUGGCCGCAAAUGCGUCCGGGCGGGCAGCCCCAAAGCCACGGAAAACUCACGCAUCUGCAGGAGUAGCGCUGGGCCAGUGAUGAUGACCCGUGGAGGCGGCACCACCUGUUCCAUGUACCAAAUCGCUGCCACUGACGGCGCUACCGCAGCUAGCAUGUGUCGCUCCAUCAGUUUCCGCCUGGGCACAAUCGCCAGCCUGCCUGCCCAGCAUGUCACGGCGGAGAGGGACCGUCAUCAGCCGCGCCACGACCGCAGCGCCGCCAUCGAUCCCCAGCUGGCGUGGGACCCAGCCGCUGCUGCUGCAGCUGCCAUCGAUUCUGCCGCCGCCCCAGCUGCCGCUCCUCCUGUCGUGCAAGACCAUGGCAAGGCAUCAGCACCCGGGAGCGAGCGACCCCGUCAUGAGGCACCGUCGUUAGUGGCAAAGCGCAGGACACUUUUUGUCAAGAUUCCGGAGCCGGAGCAGGCAAUGUGCGGCAUUUCCCCAACCGCGACAACGCCAACGACACCAGGCCCGACAACGAUGUCAGGCACGGCUGGUGAUUCAGGUGCCGUUAGCGGCUUGCAAGUACACCUGCCUAGGUCUGUGAUUGAGACACCCAAUAAGUUAUACGGGGCAGCGGCGGUGACACUGACGAUGGCACGGCCUGUGCCGCACACGAUCAGCGGAAGCAGCUCCCGACGGCGCCGCAGCGGCCAGGCCGCGCUCCCUGCUCCGCUGCUUGUUAUAUCAGACUAUCUGAACAGCGUCAACCAAGGCAGCUGGCGCAGCAUCAGUAGCGGCAGUGGACGCGUCGGCAGUGUCAUGGCAAGCGGUGGCGGUGGUGGCGGCGGUCAUGCUCGCAGAGGCAGCUGGGGGUCCGGCACACGUAGCUUGGGCACCAACGUAAAGAUGUUGAACGGCAGCUUUGGCGCCGCCGCAACCUCGACGGCAGCGGCAGCGGCUGCAUGCGCCGUGGCGGCUGGGACGGCGGCACAGGCACAGUUCCACAGCGGCUGCGGGACUAUGGUUCAGGACCGAACAGCAAUGAUGCAUUGGGCAGCGCGCCAAACAGGCGUAAGGCUUAUGGAUCUGGGGCACAAGCAACGCGCCGGCAACAACACCGUGCCUCCUCCGGCGACUUCGGUGGCAGUGCGAAAGCUGCUGCCGGUGGCGGCGGAGGCGCGGCCGGAGGCGGAGGCGGUCGCAGAGGUUGGGCCGUGGCGUUUGUUGGAAGGACGCUUCUACGGCGGGGAUGCAGAGUUAUUCGAUCAUGGCAUUUUGUUGGACGAGUGCGCGGAGUGCAAACUGAAAGUACGGGUGUAUUUGCUUGAUGGAUCCGGUAGGACCAUCAUUUUGGGCCACAAAUCAUUCUUCAUACCACACAGGAUUCGCAAAAAAAAACUUUCGGUUCGGGGAAAUGGAGGGCCCUGCGGAGCGUAG